AUGGAGUCCCUUGACAAUCAAGACGUUCCUACUAUUCAGUGCAUGAGAAUAUUUCGAGAGUUGUACUGUAACUUCUCGACCGGAAUUUUUCGAUUCUAUAAUUGCAUCAUCAACGAUGUGAAGAGAGGGGUCAGAGAAGGUGAUAAAAUCUCACCCGAAAUAUUCACAGCCACUCUCGAGAACGCAAUGCGAAAGCUGGAAUGGGACAACAUGGGAGAGAAAGUUGAUGCACAGCAGCUGCACCAUCCUCGUUUCGCUGAUUAUACCGUUCGGCCUGAGAUCUAG